GAAAAGAUAUCAAAAUCAAAAAUAAUCCCCUGCUCGACGCCCCCAUAUAACUCGCUAUAAAUAUUGGUGUAUGGAAUUUGUCGAUGGAAACGAAUCAUUACUUAAUAGAGAACAAUGGAUAUAGUUCCUCAUCUUCUUAUUCUCGUGUGUCUUUUGGGGUUAGCAGUAGGUGUCCCCUGUAAUUCUGACGGGGUGUGUACCAGUAACGAACUCCACUGUGCCCAUGGAUAUGUCAAAGGCUGCCAUUCAGGAUUAUGCACGUGCGAGCAUGCUACAUCACAAUCCUGCAAGUUUGUCAACGACUGUCUGAAUUUAGGGCAGUGUAGCCUCCACGGAAGAGACGGAUUUUGGCAUUGUGUUGAUAACGUGUGCAAGUGUUUCUUCUUCUAAAUGUGGACUCCUCUGAAUUUUGUACGUGUGUUUUUAUCUGUUUUUCAAUAAAAUCAAAUAUAUGCGA